AUGUGGUUGGACUCCGUGGCCGUUCGAUGGCACUCUUUUCGACUGUUCACCAUCUUCAUGAUCUAUGAGGGCUUCUCCGUGUUGGCGCUGACAGCUCUGGACGUAUGGCUGCUGAUCGUCAUGGAAAUCAAACCGACACUCAGCUUUUUCGGCAGAAAAUGCCGUGAUUUGAACAAGAAAACUGGUGCUUGUGAUGGAGAGGUAAGAAAGAACGCAGCGAUUGCUGGCGCAGUCAUUACUUCCAUCGUUGUGUUGAAUAUUUUGGUGCUGUGGCCCACAUUUAGGAAUUUCUUCCAUUAUCUCCGAGCAACCUCAAAACCGAAUCCGACCCCUGCGAGAACGAGAACAGUAGUUGAAGCUGCUCAGGUGACCACACGUGCGGUGCCUUCUGCUCCGAGCGCAUCAGAGUCGAUGAGGAGGCCGACAUCUCCGGAACAUGCUUCUACAAGACCUCAUCCUCAACUUUACACCAUCUAUUCACCCGCAGCGGAACCGGCACAUCGCACUGAACUCAGCCCUUCGGUUGUGCCCGGCCCAUCAGGAAACCUUUACCCCAAUCAAGAGAUACUGAAAGUGAACCCAAACGACUAUCAACAAGAGUCUAAAGGAGCACUACAGCAGUUUGAACCUCCUCCGCCAUAUGUGUAG